GGGAGGCAAGAUUCAGGAACCACACUCAACUCAGAGACUGAUGUUGAAUCUGCAAGAACAACAGAAGCAACAACAUACUCCAGGCAUAUGCACCAUUUUCAUCAAACAGUGAACCAAAAGGAUGGGGAUCUCCACCAGAAUCCUGCAUUUCUACCUCAUUAUUUUCUUCAGUUAUGGAGAAGGCAGAUUUCAGCAUAUAGACAAGAAGACCUAUGUUUCCAAGCCCUCAGGUGAUUACCAUCAAAACAGUUCAUCAUUAACAGAGUCACAGAUUCCAAGAAAAACCCUCAGCUUUUCACACAAUGCUGUGAAAGAAAUACCCAAAAGGAAAGUGGAAGGCUCUUUAAAUCUGCUAUGCAACCAGAGUUCUGAAGUUGAGCCAAUAGCUAUUUUGGUUAACAGCCUACCACAGGAAGUGCCUUAUCAAAAGCCACCUCAGACGUUGUCACAAAUUGAUGGAAUGGAACUAUCACUGCAGGACACCACAGAACCUCCCAGGUCAGUAGAGAAACUUCAAGGAGCCACAAGCCUUCCAAAUGCCAACCCAAUGUUAAAGUGGAGUGGUCUGGGUCACAUAAAACAAGAUGCACACAGAACGGUGGCAUUCCCACCUUCAAGAUUAAGGAGAGCUGUAGUCUGUGGAAUCCCAGUGAAUGGAGUCCUUGACCUAUCACACAGAAAACUGACAGAGAGUGAACUAAGGCAGAAAGUGGGUAGGCACUGUAAAGCCACUUUGAACAAAAUUACUGAGUUCAAUGUCAGUCACAACUAUGUGAAUAUACAUCUCACGGACUUAAUUUUACUGCUCCUUAAAAUGACGGAAGUGCAAUCCAUCAAUGUGAGUUACAACCAGGUGACUCUCACAUCUGCACACAUGGAAAAGAGCUGUAAGCUGAGGCCCAGCAAGCUCUUGUUUUUAAACCUCAGCCACAAUCCCCUCGACACUUUGGAAAACCUUUGUCUCCCUUCAACUGUCAAAAGCAUUGAUUUAUCUUUCACACACAUACACCAAAUACCAGAGAAGUUUGGCAUAAUUUUUUUUCACUUAGAAGAGAUGUACGUUCAAGGAAACCAGCUUAUAUACCAUGGUGCACGUGAUACAUCUGCCUGUUAUUCAGGACGUUCAAGACUGAGCUCUAAGCCAUUCACUGUGUCGUAUAUUUCCAUUCCCAAAGAAACGCCCAUUCGGAGCCUCCCACGGGCAGUCAAGCAUCUAGAACUGUCACAUUGUUCCAUUGUGGAACUCCCAGAAUGGUUUGUGCAAAAUAUGACACGCCUUUUCUUUCUAGACCUUAGCAACAACCCCAUGCACACAUUCCCCCAGCUGCCAACUUCACUGCAGUACCUGGAUUUAAGCAACAGUCACAUCAAAAGGAUAGCUGUGCUUAGCCACUUCUCCAAUCUAACAGUGCUUAACAUUCAAAACAAUAAAAUAACACACUUCUCAUCUGCGUAUCUUCCAGACUCACUAAAAGAACUUGAUAUCAGUAGAAAUAAGAUCCGUACGUUCCCUUUCCAGAAGGCACAGCACAACAUAGAAUCCCUCAAUAUCUCUGGAAAUCUACUACAACAGCUGAAUCUGAGCAGCCCUUACUCCUCCCUCAACAACUUAGAUGCAAGUUGCAAUUUAAUUGGAGAGCUGCUGGGUCCCAUGGGAGAUUUGCUGCCGGAAUUGAAAUACCUGAAUUUGUCAAGAAACAAAAUCUCUUUUCUGCAACCAGGUUUUCUCCCUGAAUCUUUGCUUGAGCUGGACAUAAGCAACAAUGUGAUUAUUGUCAUCAUGAAAGAUACAUUUGAUCACUUGACCAACCUGAAUGUUUUAACCAUUCAAGGGAAACACUUUUUUUGCAGUUGUGACUUGUACUGGUUUGCGAACACAUAUCUCUCUACCCCAGGCAUGCAGAUAAAUGGACGAGAACAUCUUCGGUGUGGCUUUCCACUCAAUAAGAAGGGCCUUUUGUUGGAAGAAAGUACGCUAACGCUUCUUUCCUGUUCUCUUGGCCUUCAGUUGGUCAUUAUGGCUUGCGUGGCCAUCUUGGUUAUGUCCAUCAUAACAGCCCUGUGUUGGCAUCUCGAUGGGCUCUGGUAUAUCAGGAUGGGGUGGUACUGGUGCAUGGCUAAGCGCAAACAAUACAAGAAGAGACCAGAACAGAAGCCAUAUGAUGCCUUCAUUUCAUACAGUGAAAAUGACGCACUGUGGACUAAAGAGAUCCUACUAGAAAAACUGGAAGCCAAUGGCUUUAGAGUAUGUUACCAUGAGAGAGACUUCAUGCCGGGGCACCCAGUGCUUGGGAACAUUUUUCACUGCAUUGAGAACAGCCACAAAGUUCUUUUUGUGCUGUCGCCCAGCUUCGUCAACAGUUCCUGGUGCCAGUAUGAGUUGUACUUUGCUGAACAUCAGGUCCUCAAUGAAAACCAAGACUCUCUUAUUAUGGUUGUGUUGGAGGACCUCCCCUGCAACAGCAUCCCACAGAAAUUCAGCAAGCUGAGAAAGCUCUUGAAAAGGAAAACCUACUUAAAAUGGAGCCCAGAGCAACAUAAGCAGAAGCUCUUCUGGAGCCAGUUGACGGCGGUGCUAAAAACGACCAAUGAACCAGUGGUUUUGAAAGAAGAAAAUGGCCUCCACCAGAAAACAGAUGUGAAAUUGAAAGGGCAUGAAUGAGGAAUGUGAACAUUUGAUGGGGUUUUGCAUGCCAAGUGGUUGACUUUGAACUGGUUAAAAAAGACCAUGGCCAGAUGCUUAUAAGAACAGUAAAGGUGAACAUUCCAGCAUUCCAGUUACAAAAACUAGUGGCUGACAUUCUGCACAGCAGAAUGUCAGCAUUAGGGAGCCACUGAGGAUGCUGCUGCACAACAUGCUGCACAGCAGGGGCAGCUGCGGAAAGACUUAAAAACAGCUUCUGGGCAAUUGUGCAAUGCUACUUGCCUAACACAAAUGUCCCGCUGUGCAAAAUGUUAUUGGCCAUUGUCUUCUGCAAGCCUCCAGGUCCAGUCCUGAAACAAAUCAUAGUAUAUUGCCAUGCCAAAAUGAUGGUAAUCCUUCCUGACCAGUGAUCCCUUCAACAGGGCUUCCCAGAUGUUGUUGACGACAGCUCCCAGAAUCCCCAGCUACAAUGGCUUUUGCUUGGGGACUAUGGCAGUUGCAGUCGACAACAGCUAGGAAUCCCUGUUAGAGGGAACACUGGUCAUGAUGCCUGGGCACUUGCAAUCUGUAGGCCAAUUCAUGCAUAUAUUUAUUUGUAUAGGUGUAUACCUAAUAUGUUUUGCACUAGGGCUGUACAACGUAUAUCCACUAUCCACUGCCAUAGUGGGCAAUAGUCAAGUAUGAUGGAGUUGUAGUCUAGCCCUCCUACAGUUGCUAGACUACAACUCCAUCAUACUUGACUAUUGCCCAAUAUGGCAGUGGAUUAGGGGAGCUGGAGUGCAAAAAGAGCUGGAGGGUCAACCUUGUGCAUCCCUGUUUUAUACACAUGCUUGAAAAUAUAGACUGGAAAUAAGUGAGGUUAAGCAUGUAUAACCUCACCAAGAAGGGAGAUAGAAGUGGUUGGGGCUUUCAGUCAAGCAUACUGUAUGAAGCAGCUAGCCUUAAGAGGAUGGUCUACUGAAACCGCAGAAAUGUCAGAAUAGAAACACAGGAGCUAGGAAGAAGCAGGAAGCAAGCACAUCAACUCCCUGUGUUCCUGUUCUGGAACGUCUUCCAUUAUAGGAAAUGCAAGUCCAUGUGGCUUAAUUGGGACAGGAAAGAGUGCAAGCACUCUGGGAAAAGGGGAAAGCAUAGGAUGCUUUCCCUUUAAGUCAAAGGUGUGUACGUAAUGUGACCAUGACUCCUGCAGAGCCGAAGAGGAAGAAGUCCUAAUUCUUGCCAUUGCUUCUGUGUCACCAUGAUGCAAUUAGACAAACACAGAGAGACAGGGACAGGAAUCCACCUGGCCAUUCAUGAUGUUGUGGAACACCUGGGAAUAUUUGACUGCAGUAACAUAAUAGGUGGUUGGUCAUUUGACAUUUUUCAGCUCUAGUGUUGCUGAGUAUUCGUUUUGGUUUAUUGUCUAUUUAUUAUUUAUUAUUAUUUCUUGUUUACACAGUCAGAAAGGUGUUAUUGACUGGUUUGUUUUAUCCAGACAUCGAGUCCUUUCCCAAUGAUGGCUGAUUUUUAUUAUCAAUAUUGUUGUUAUUAUUAUUAUUACAGAUACUGUCGCAAAAUAUAGGCUGUUCCUAGUAAAGUUGUUUUUUGUAAUUGG